AUGAAGAAAGGAAAAGGCAGAACCGACGUCCCUCCUAAGAGGAACGAUGGCAAUGAGCCCAAGCCCGAUCAGGCCGUCACUGAUGCUCUUAUCAAACGAGCAGAAUUGGAAGCCGUGCAACAAGCAAGAGAUGAAGAGAUUGCCAUCAAGAGAAGUCGAGAAAACGCCAAGAAUGAAAUUCCCACUGAUUCUUCUACCCCUUCUGGUACAAGACGCCACUUGAAAGGUAACCAACCGCCACAACACGAAGAAAAUAUAUCUACCAGGACCACUGAUAGUGAAAGAAAAGUUCUUAUGGGCAUUGUGGCAGAACAAGCUGGUCUAGCUGCAGCUGAGCAUCUAGUUGAAUUAGAAAACCUCAAACAGCAAGCCAAAGAGCCAAUGCCAGCCUGGGUUGACAACAGCCAAAGCAGUGCUCACCUACCGGUAGCAUUCUUUCGCAACUCUGACCCGAACAAAUCCAAACAAGCUGAAAACACUGCAGACCCAAAAGAUUUCUCAGACUUUGCCAUACACAGCAAUCGCAGUGAUGCCAAUAAACAGCCAUCUUCCAAGGACAUAUUGCAAGUCACGGCUGUGGGUGAAUUGGUAACCCCCGGGGAAGACAUCAUCGAUGAGGAUGCCAUUCGUCAACAGGCAGAAAUUGAUGCAGAGGAAAGACUUCUAGCAAAUGCGGUCCAAGCAGAAGUGAUGCCAACAACAACUCCUGACGAACAGGAAGGCGAAGAGUAUCCCAACUGGCAAAAGUAUACUUGUUUAGCCAUUGGAUUCUUGCUUCUAAUUGUAGCGGCUGUGGUGGUGAUUGCAGUGUCAGUGUCAGUUUCCCGCAAGAAAGUCAUCAUUACCCUCGCUCCGUCUCAAGCUCCAACUACUGCAAGUCCUUCUUCAGCUCCUUCCAUGGCACCAUCCUUCUUUACAAAUGACAUUUGCAGAGGAGCACAUCCAGUGCAAAUCAACACGGCAAUAAGAGAUUCCACAUCGAGGAACACACAAGAAGAAAGUGUGGCCACUUGCCAAGACAUAAGGACCAAUGGUAGAGGUCAGUGGUUUGCCAUCAAAGGAGGCGAUGCUUGGUUACGCGUUCAUACUUGUGGUAGUGUUACCGACUAUGAUACUCAACUAUCAGUUUAUGAAGCAGGAGUUAGAACACUCAAUGAACAUCCUUGUGAUGUCGCAGUCUGUGUUACCGGGAAUGACCAACAUUGUGGUGAUCAAAGCUAUGUGCAGUGGUUUGGACAAGCUGGCUCGGACUACUUCAUUUUGAUUCAUGGAUACCGGCUCUACACUGGGGAGUUUGAGUUGGAAAUAUUGGAAGAAAAGAAUGGACUGUGUGAGGGUGCUUUCAACAUAUCGCAGCCUGUGUUUAGAGAAGGUGGCGGCUAUGCAAUAGACAGUUCCUUGCAAGGAGCUGGCCUAGUGGACCCGGAACAACUCCCAGAAUGUGACGACAAUUCGCAAAAGCCAUCUGGCAUUGGUGUUUGGUACACAUACGAUGGACAACUCUCGCCCCUCAACAUAGGUGUUACGGAUGAGUUCAAUGUUGCUGAGUACGAAGGAUCGUGCAGUGCCCUUGUUUGUGCUGCUUCGAGUUCUGCCGAAGCAGACACCAUUCGUUAUCUUCUGGUUUACGGCAACACCAGUAUGGCAGAAACAAGCUUUCGGUUGGUAUUAUCUUCGGGCAGGACGGAACCCUUCUACUUCCCACAAGAAAAUGAAUUUUGUGAAGGUGCUUCGAACGAGGCGGAUUUCACUCUUCCGCCAAAUCAGGUUGGUUUCCAAGACUACACUCCUUUCAAUUUUGGCUUCAAUGCUGGUGGUGCUCCCAGCUGUGGUGAUGCAGUGUGGCAUACAUCGACUGGUUUUUGGUAUGCAGCUAUUGGUACUGGGAGGGCCAUGACUGUGUCCACCUGCCCAAAUGUGACAGCGGGGAUACCUGAUUUUGAGCAAGAUAUUGGUCGAGAUGAUUUUCUCGAUACACAAAUCUCGGUGUACACUGGGUCCUGCGACAUGUUGGUUUGCAUUGAUGGCAAUGACCAGUUCUGUAGAGAUCAAAGUUCCGUGUCAUGGUUUACAGAGCCAGGUGUCGAGUAUCUCAUCCUUGUUCAUGGUUAUGGCCAAAGGUCCGGCUAUUUCAAUGUUUAUUAUGAGGAUGCAAAGAUCCACAAUUCUCCAACGUGUCAAGAGGCCACGACAAUUUCAGCUGACGGAACUUCAAUUUUGGGUAGUGCACUUCCAACUGAAGGCGCACUGUCCAUCCCAUUUUGUGGAUUUGGUGGGGGCGAAGGACAAGAAAGUGUUUCUGGUAUCUGGUAUCGAGCAGUGGGUACAGGCAAAACCUGGACAGCAUCGACUUGUUCAUCCUACACAGACUUCACAGCUCGGAUUUCCGUCUAUGAAGGAGCUGACUGCACUUAUCUAGCAUGCCUGCCUACCUCAGUUUCAGAGGCUUCACCAUGCGGUGAUCAAAAUGCUGUGACUUGGACCACCGUUCCAAACCAAAUCUAUUAUUUCCUUGUUCAUGGCAAAAGUUCGCCUGUUUCUGGCGAUUUUCUCUUUACACUAGAAGAAACUGCUUCCAAUGACAACUGUGAAGGCACUAUUGGACCUUUGAAUGUUGAUGAUGGAAUAACUACCUUUGGGUCAACUCGAAGCGCCACCUUCAAGGAAAACGUUCCCACUUCUUGCGAUAGUGAAGGGUGGAACACAACAGGUCGUGGCCUCUUUUACUCCCUGAUUGGGACAGGUGACAACAUCACAGCUACCACGUGCACAGCACACACGAACUUUGAUAUGAAGCUCACAGUUUUCAUUGCAAGCUGCAGCGAUCUACAAUGUGUUCCGGUCCAGUCAAGGGACUGUCGAACAGGCCAAGACAACAUAACUCUGAUUGCUGGGACUUCUGUCACGUGGUCCUCGGAACGAACUGAGCUAUACUACUUGCUACUACAGGGCGAAGAUGAGGAGUUUGGAAAUUUUGGGAUGGAGCUGUGGACGUCUGGUUCUGAGGACGAGGAAGGGUGA